GUAAAUACUAAAUAGACACAUCGACGUACACAAUCGACAGAAUCCCUUGGGCCCAUGCGUUGUUUUUAUUGCGUUAUUUUUGUUAGUAGUGGUUUGGCAGACCAAUCAGAGACUUGAAUGCGUUUUUCUUCAUUUCCUCUGCCAAUUUUUUUUACGCAACCUACAGUAUCAACGUUAUUUGAUCCUGGGUAACUGCUUUUCUCGAGUCGCUAGAACAAACAAACUUUGAAAUUAAUUUUCCGAAUCGAGUGUUGGACAGUUCAAUGAUUGAUGCGCUGAUAACAUGAAGUUUUUGAAUCUUAUCGGAUUGUAAUUGAAUUUUUUCCUGGAGAUGUAUCAUAAUUACAUUUUUAUCAAACAUAUCUUACCUUUAACUUAGUAACUUAUCAAUCACUGGAAACAUGAACGAUAAUCCAUCCGAAAAUGUGAUAAGGCUAAGAUUGCCAUCAGCCAAAGAAACAAUGGAAUAUGCUUCAAAAUUCAUCAGAAGGACCAUUCCUCAAGCGGAAUAUUGGAUCACCAAUCGACAUCGUUGGAUGCAUAACAUUCCCACUGAAGAAUGCGAUGUAGUCGUUACUUUCCGAAUUGGUAUUGAAGAUACGAUUUUGAUGUGGUUAUUGACUCGUUUGAAAACCACAGGAUUGAAUGUUCGAGUCAGACACAACGCUGUGACCAAUUGUUACCAAUGUUAUUUGACAGCUCCUGUCCAUGUAUUAUUGAAAUGUGCUGAAGAGCACCAUUUACCAAAACGACUAAAUUCUGAUUACGGCGGUGGUUUAAAAGAAUUCGUUCGUUCUGAAGAAAACAAAUUUGAAGGAUUUGACAACGAAAUGGAAUUUUUCACGAUGCAGGAAAGACAAUGGCUGAUUCAACGAUUGCUUGAAACAUUACGAGCUCACUCCUAUGAAGAAGUAGAAAACACCAAGUUUAUUGAAGGCCAAGCAAUAAUUCCCAAGUGCCUUUCAAGCGGUAUUAUUUCUCAAAUUUAUCCUGUUCAUGAAAUGCAAACACUGAAAUAUUUACGAAAAACCUGGGUUCGUUCGGUGUUCAAUCGACAACCAAUAGACGAUAUUGAAGAAUAUUUCGGUGUGAAAAUAGCUUUAUACUUCGCUUGGUUGGGUCAUUACACGAGAACGUUGACCAUUCCUGCUGUCGUUGGGUUAAUAUUUUGGAUGGUUAGCUUUUGUCGUCUGAACCAAUCCAUUGCUGAUAUAGGAUUCGUGCUGUUCUCUUUUUUCAAUGUAAUAUGGUUUAAUAUAUAUUUACAAGCCUGGAAGCGUUACUGCGCCGAAUUAGCUUACAAAUGGGGUACUCUAGAUCAACGUGAUGAACUAUUAUUGGAACCCAGACCUUUAUUUACAGGACCUUUGGAAGUAAGUCCUGUAACGGGUCGAUUGGAACCGCAAUAUCCGUCGUGGAAAAGAAACAUAUUUCGAUACCUCGUUAGCCUUCCUAUUAUUGGUAUUUGUAUCAGUAUUGUCGUCGGAAUAAUGGUACUCAGUUUCAAGUUCCAGGAUUGGUGGGAUAAAAAAAUCAUCAGCGGUAGUUACUUUCAAUGUUUUACAUUCGUACCUAAAAUUCUUCUUGGUAUUGUGAUAUCUUUCUUGGAUGAGGUAUACUACAAAGUAGCCAGAUGGCUCAACGAUAAAGAAAACUAUCGACUAGAUAGAGAAUUUGAAAACAACUUAAUCGUCAAAGUUGCUACGUUCCAGUUCGUGAACUCGUUUAUUUCCUUAUUUUACAUCGCAUUCUAUUUACAAGAUCAAGAAAGAUUGAAAGUUCAACUCGCCGUGCUUUUAAUCACACGUCAAAUCAUUCAAAACAUCAAAGAAUCAGCGUUACCAUAUUUAAUUGAACAAUUUCGUUUGGCUAAACUGAGCUUUGACAUAUUUGGCGCGCUUAGUCCUUCUGUGUCGAAAGAGAAACGUCAAUUUAGCGAUUACUUUAAAAGCAAGGAUAAAAGGAAGCAUACCGAAUCAAGUACCAUACCACAAGCUGAAGUAGAAAGCACACUUUUCAAAUACGAAGGUACUUUUUCGGAGCAUUUGGAAAUGUUUAUACAGCUUGGAUAUGUAGUUCUGUUCUCGUCUGCGUUUCCGAUGGCGGCUCUGUGCGCUUUUAUUAAUAAUUUAAUUGAGAUAAGGAGCGAUGCUUUUAAAAUGUGCUUCAUAUAUCAGAGACCCUUCGGAGAACGAGUGUCGAAUAUUGGGAUGUGGCUGAAUACUAUGGAAGUUAUGGGUUUAAUAGCUAUAUUGGUCAAUUGCGCGCUGAUUGGGUUAUCUGGUCAAGUUCAUAGGAUGUUUCCAGAUAUAUCGAAGACGCAAACCAUUUUAUUAAUCGUAGCUUUAGAACACAUAAUGUUAUUGAUAAGAUUUCUGAUAUCCUGCCUGAUUCCGGAUAAACCUCAAUGGGUCGCUACAGAAAUGGCCAAAGUGGAAUUCGCAAGACGAGAAGCAGUAAAUCGUUUGUCUUCGGCUACAACAACCCCUCCUUCAUCCGGCACCGCUAUCGUGAUUCCAAAUAGUAAUAAUUCCAGCUGCGAUAUUCAAGAUAAUAUAUUUACCGAAGAAUUAAAGGUUCCACUUGGAACUGAUAGCACAAGUAGAAGAAGUUCGUGCGAUUCAUUCCACGCAGCUGAAGACUCCGUGUCCGAUUUCAAACCAACAGACACCAUCGAAUCAGAUUUAUCUCAGUCGAUCGACAAUAUUGAUCGAUUAUUGCAAAACAUCGAUGAAGAACAAGAAACUGGCAAGGUGAUGAAACGUGGCAUCUCUCGCGAAUCCGGAAGCUCGAGCGAUUUUACCGGCGCUUCUGUAUCAUCAGAGCCAGGCAUCCCUAAAAAGAGUUUCAUAAAUAAAGUCAGAGAUCACAAAUCGAAUCCAGUGAAUUUAGUGAAAUCUACUAAAGAUUGGGCGGUCAGCACAGACGAGCAUUUGAACAGACAACCUAGCUCGUCAUCUCACGCGGGAUCUUGGUACAAAAACCUCGGCUCUCGUAAAAUAGCGUCCAAUUUAGAGAAAAACUACGGCACUCAUCUUAGCACGAGUUGUAUUCCUUCGGCUCAAAAAGAAUCCGCUUCCGAAACCGUGCUACCUCAGCUUCCUUUAAAAACUAAACAUCUACCGGAUGAAAGGCUCGAUUCGGCCGGUAGCGAGACAUCUUCUGCUACCGAAGAAGUUUCGACCGAUCCGGUGGAGAAAAAGAAGAAGCUGAAAUCCGCUCUGAUCAAAAGAGCCCGUAGUGUGGCUGUGUUUUCGUUGAAACUUAAAGAAAAACGUGCCAAAGCCGAGUUGAAAGAAGCAGAAAAGGCCAAAGAGAAAAUCAGCCCUAGAACGGAAAACAUCAUGGUUGGAGGUGAACUGUCGUGCGUGCCGAUUGAAAUGCUUAUAUCGAUCGACGAUGUUAAUUCGAAAUAUCCUCAGUAUAAAAAAAAUUCGUCCGCGUCCAGCUCUAAAGCCGGAACCCCCACCGUACCUUUUGCGAAUCGUUAGUAAUUUUCAAGUCAGUACAUGUCGUUACAGCUUUCAACAAGAAAAAAAAACGACGCGAAGUGUUAGAUUAUUUAUAUCAGAUUUGAGGAGAUGGAAUUCCGGUGACGAUGAGUUACAUAUCGAUUUUUAUUACCCUAUGUGGAAAGUCACGCAAAUAGCUAAUGGGAGCUCAUUAUAGGUAUGAUAUUUCACGUAUAGGUAGUUUUUCAGCUCGGAUUUCGAUUUAUCGGUCAAUUGAAUGAAUUCGAGAUUUGCCUCUGAAUUUCCUUUGUAUUUUUGAAAAUCUUGCAAAUGAUAAUACUGAUGACUGUUUGAAAUAAUUUGAUUAUGAAUCAAUCACCUUGCUGGUAUUUUUUUUUUCACAAAAUAAGUUUGUUUCCUGAUCAAUUUCAAAUUUUCUACGUGGAUGGAUUUAUUUUAAAAAUUUAUUAAGAACAGAGAAGAGUAAAUUACUCUUCCGAGUAGUUAUUUGUCCUUUUGAGUAGGUAACGUCCUAUCAACACCCAUCUAAUCUCCCUCAUUUGAACUAAUACCUAUAUUCACCCUAGCAUAUCACAUUCAAAUUGCUAACAUUUCGAUUGCCUCACUGCACAUCUCAAACCGUCUCUUCUGUUAGAUUUUUUCUAAAAUCUAGCUAAGUAUAGUUUUUUAUUUUUACGUGAUUACAAAUUUCAUUGUGCCUUGCUGGUCGCGCAAUAUUAUUACUUUGUUAAUUUUAUACUACCUGUCGAUUAUUCGAUGUAUUAAAUUAUUAAUACUCGCUUUUUAUCGCACAUUGUAGGCUUUAGAAAAAAGCUGAAAACGUUUAAAGUGAUAAUAAUUAUCAAUGUAUGCUCUGCUAGUCAUUAUUUACUUAAGAGUUUCAAAAAAUAGGUACUUAAUUUCAUUCGUGCUGUGAAAAUCAUAAACAAUGUCGAGCAUUAAAAAUAACGCGCGUCUUUUAUUGACAUCGAUAAACGAUGAUGAUAAACAAGCUAAAUUAAUUCAGUUACUUCAAAUUUUCGGUGUAAUAUUGUAUACAGUCUGUCACAAAAAUUUUUCUUCAAAACAGGCGAGGAUGAAUUUUGACGAGUCUUGAAAAAAUUAUCUUCAUUGAUUUCAAUUUUUUGACACCAAGAAAUAUUUUUGAGUGAUACCGAAAAAUACUUCACCGACAUAUAACUAUCGCUUUAGAACACUCAAUAAUUUAUACUUUUCAUAUUUUCGUAUUGCAGGUCUUCUAAUAAGAAGGGGUAAUAUUCGUUUUUUAGAAAUUAAUCUGGGUGCCUUAUUUACCUAUUUUAUAUUUUUCGUUAUGUUAUGCUUUAAGACUGUUGAUUUCUCUCUCUCUCUUUGUUUUUUGUUAACGCCGGCGUUUUUUUUUCUUUUUUUUUACUAACGGGGUUUUGAAGAAAAAAAUAAAUGACGCUGGAUCUGAAAAUUCCUAUGUUAUCAGUAUUAAAAAAAUUUAUCCGAUCGUUGAAAACGUGAUAAAGAAUUACUUAUUUUUCAUAUUUGUAUAAUAGGUGUUUACUUUUUGUUUUGUUAUAUGAGAACGUAUCAAUUUUAAAGAAAAUUAAAUCUACUUUUAAAAAACGCUUACUAGAUUACUAAGUAUCGUUGAUUAUUUUACAUUUUUAUUAAAUAUAUCUUUACAGUUAA